AUGAGCCAAUCCAAGCUUUCAGAGUUUCUCGACGUUCCCACCCUUUUUCACCCAAAGGCUGAAAAAAAUAAAACAGAAGGCCAGGUAAUUCGCUAUCCUGGUGAAAAAUACUUGUCGGGCAUCCUAACUCUGAAUGAUAUAGUUGCAGAAAAUGAUGAUGGAUUAACUGUAAUCUUUGACGAUGCUCUAUCCAGUUGCCAAAAAAUUCCAUUCAUGGCUAUUGAUAGUGAAAGGUCAACAGAAAAGAUAAAAGGAAUGUACCGCUAUGUAUUGCAUCUUUAUGGUCGCCUUAUUAAUGGUCAAAAGGUACUGGUAACUCUUAUAGGAAUUCAGGUUUUCUUUGACAUUCUCGUACCAGACGGAGAGACUCCAGAUGAAUGUGAAGAAAAAGUGAGCGAAAUUCUCUCUGGCAUUGUGAAAUCAUUUAAGACGGAGCAUAUUAAAGCAUUCCCUUUCCGCGGAUACUAUGUAGAAAAAAAGCCAUAUUUACGAAUUUAUACGAAUAGCACUGGGGAGAGAAAGAAAGCCAUUAUAGCUGUCCAAGAUAAUAAUUUUGAAACCGCUUCAGAUGAUUUAUACUCAUUCCACCGAAAGGUGGCUCGAGAAAAUGGAAUCCAACUCUCUGGGUGGUCUACAUUAAACAAAUAUAUAUGCAAGAAAGGCAAGCGGAUCAGCCCGCUCUAUUCACAUGAAUUCUAUGUAUCUAUAGAAGAUUACUGUCCGCUAGAGGAUUUCACAACAAUAAGUGACCAAUUCCCUAUUUCAGCUCUCUUACGGGAUCGUACUCUUGUCCUCACAUGGGAUAUAGAAACGCAAUCACAAGAGUUAAGUGAAUUUGCCGAAGUCCUUAAUUUGAAACAAAAUGUCUUUAUGAUUUGCAUGACACUGCAUUGGAAAGAUGAUUCAAAACCGCUAAAGCAAAUAUGUCUUGUUGACGUUGAGACAGAACCAGAUCCACGCUGGAUCACAAUCCGGAUGACAGGAAGCUUUAAAUCGUCUGAAGAAAUAAUAAAGUGGAAUUAUCGUGGAAAGAUAGGAGCGAAAUCUGAAAAUACUUUUAAGAAGAAAGAAAAGAAAAAGAAUAAUGAGAACACAGAUAGUGAAAAUUCUUUCCACAUUCUUGAGAACGGAGAGGAGGAUACGGAAGUCAAAGAAUUUCUGGGCAGUCCGAUUAAGAUCAAAAUUUCUGCGAAAGAUAAUUUCUUUUCCAGCUUCCUUAAACUGCCAGGAUGUGUACCAAUUGACGUUAGAGUUUCUCUCAAAAAGCGUUAUCCUCGUUCUGAAGUCGAAAAGGAAGGCUCACUUAAAUUCUUCUUACAAAAAUGCGGUCUUGACGCUAAAGCUGACAUGCCAUACGAUAAAUUGUGGAAAACAUAUUCAGAGGCGAAAAGGGACCCGUCCCCAUCAACUGCAAGGAAAAUGCGGGAAGUAGCAUAUUACUGUAUUAUAGAUGCACUGCGUUGCCAGGAGCUUUUGGUAAAGCUAAGUCAAAUAAAUGAAUACAGAGAAGUCGCUUCUAUAGCUUAUGUAUCUUUAUUCGACUCACACUAUCGCGCAAAUGGAAUGAAGGUACGAAACCUUCUAGGCUCUUAUGCUUUUAAACGUGAUAUGCUAUUUAAUGUAAGGAUUUCUAAAAAGGUGGAAAAGGGUAAGUAUUCCGGUGCAUAUGUUUUUCCACCUAAAAAAGGUAUCGAGACGAAAAGGCCAGUAACGGGUUUGGAUUUUACAUCUUUAUAUCCAAGCCUUAUUAUGGCCUAUAAUCUCUCUCCAGAAAAAUUUAUAUUUAAUCCAGAGAAGGCUGUCAUUAUAAAUAAAAAAGAAUGGAAACACUUUACACGAGAUUAG